AUACACAUUUGUUUUGAUUUUUGCCGGUCGAAAGUUAUAUUUUAUAUUUUGGCAUAUGUAGAUAAUCUUCUGGAGAUUGGAAUGAACACCACAAUCAAUUAAAAAAAAUGUCGCGCCGUUUGUCAUUUGUUGCCGAUUGGUUUCAAGAAGAGGCUUCGAUCAGCAAAUCAUAUAUUGUGUGGUACUAUGUGGACGGUAAUGCAAUUGAAGUAUUCGAUCCAAAAGCUAAAAAAAUGUUUUUGAGGAGAACCAAAAUGCCAGAAUUAUCAGAAAAGGAUUUUUUUGUUGGUUCCAAAAUCAAUAUAUUUGGUCGACAAUUUGAUAUUGUCGAUUAUGGAGAUGAAGUUACAAAAAGUACCUUGGCCAAACACCGGAAAAAAACUUUUAUAUUGUUAAAACACACUAUUAUGCAACAUUUAGGAGCAGUUUUAGCAGCUUUAAUUGAGAGCAAUUUUAGUAUAAACAAAGCGUCGAUGGUUCAAUUUACCGGAGAACAAGCCAAAAAGUUUUUGAACGAUAGCCAAGGAGAUGGUCAGUCAUCAGUUCUCAUGAAGCAAUUGUUAUCUGGUCCUUCAAUUGGUCUUGAAUUAAUUGCUGAUAAUGCUCUAGAGAAGAUUAAAUAUUGCACAAGUCAAGCCAAGGAAUCUAUGAAUGAAGAUAAUAUUCCGCAUUCUUUAAGAUCUCUUUUUAAUAGAGAGGAAAUUCGUAAUGGUAUUUACUGCUCACAAUCGGAAGAACAAGUUGCAAGGGAUGUUGGCUUCUUUUUCGAGAAUAAUAACGGCUUACAGACCACAGUAGAAUUGAAAAAUUCCACUUUGUGCAUUAUCAAACCGCAUGCUAUAAAAGAGGGAAAUCUUGGCAAAAUCAUAUCAGAAAUUACAACAAACGACUUUAAAAUAACAGCUUUAAAAAUGCAUCUUUUGGACAGAGUCAAUUGUGCAGAAUUUUAUGAAGUUUACAGAGGAAUUUUACCGGAAUAUGUCUCAAUGGUAUCUCAGUUGUCCAGCGGGGCGUGUGUUGCUUUAGAAGUUGUCUGCAAUGAUCCUAAUAAAAAUAGUUAUGAAGAUUUUCGUAAAUUUUGUGGGCCUAUGGAUCCGGAAAUUGCAAAACUUUUGAGACCUCACACAUUACGCGCCAAAUUUGGUGCUGGUAAAACCUUAAAUGCGGUCCAUUGUACAGAUUUGCCAGAUGACACAGUUUUAGAACUUGAAUAUUUUUUUAAAAUUCUCAACUGACUUUUAAGUUAAGGGGUCGGUUAUGGAUGGCAAUUCAACUAUAGUUGCGUUGCCAGAAGAUAUAAUUAUGAAAAAAUAGUUUGAUAUCAGUGUUUGAACUUACAAAUACUGAAUAAAUUGUAAAAAAUUAUGCAACUUAAUGCAGAAAUGCUCAUUUCUAUAUCAAUUUAGGCCAUUGGCAACUCCACUGAAGUUGGAUUGCAAUCCAUAAUCGACCUAUAAAACUAUAAAUAAUAUUCUAUGUUGUAUUCCGUCCAACAUAUAGUAUAAUUAGAUAUAUUGUUAGAUUUAUUUUAAUAAAAAAAGCAAAACAAAAACAAAAUAAA